AUCCAACCACGUAAAUUGGCUGUUCUUCGAGGCCAACGUGACGAAAAUGUCGCCGCACCUAAACAACUUGCUAUGCGUGAAGCGGCACCUACUAUUUCAAAUGCUCGACUUCCAAAAAGAACGACCAGUUUUGUACGUAAAAGAGCUGCGUUUGACGAUGUCAGCAACAUAAGCAAUGCUCCGGUUGCGACUUUAAAGCAUGCACCAACUAGUGUUUUGGACGCUGUUUCUUUAAAAAAAGCACCUCUCAAUGAAUCUAUCACCAGCAAUUUGAAUGUACAACCAGUAAGACAAACUGCUGGCAUAGUUGCAAGAAAGCGUGCGGCCGUUGUUGAAAAUAUAAAUUUUGCAGUUGCAGCUAACAAACAAGAAUCAAUUAAUGAGAUAAAAGCCAGUGUCAUAAAGCCCCCAGUAAAAAUAGAAAAUAUAGACAAAAUAGAAAAAGUAGGAAAAAUAGAACAAAAUUUCUCUUUUUCGCAACAUGCAAAAGAUGAAAAGUUAUUUGUCUUCAAAUCAGGUGCACCUAAUGUACCUAAUUUUAGAGCUAGAUAUGUAGAACCAAAACCUAUUGCAACCAAAUCAUAUCAAAUGCAUGAUGUUGAAGUUGAUAAGAAACGCGCAAAGAAACCUAGGACUCAAGACUGGCAAGAUUUGGAUGCCGAUGAUGCUCAUGAUCCUUUGAUGGUGUCAGAAUACGCUGUAGACAUUUUCCAAUAUUUAAAAGAAUUGGAGGCCGAAACAGCACCUAGACCUGAUUACAUGGAUCAGCAAAACGAACUAAGCUGGAAAAUGCGAGAAAUCCUCGUCGAUUGGCUCAUCGAAGUACACAACAAGUUUCGCUUACUUCCUGAAACCUUAUUUUUGGCCAUAAACAUAAUAGAUAGAUUUCUUUCUGUUCGAGUUGUUUCCCUGGUUAAACUCCAACUAGUUGGAAUCACUGGACUGUUCAUUGCGGCGAAAUAUGAAGAGGUUAUAGCACCGUCAAUUAAGAAUUUCAUUUACAUGGUUGAUAAUGGGUAUUCAGACGAUGAAAUCCUUAAAGCAGAACGUUAUAUUCUUCAAACAAUUGACUUCAAGAUGAACUAUCCAAAUCCCAUGAACUUUCUUCGACGAGCUUCCAAAGCUGACAAUUUCGACAUUCAAUCCCGCACAGUUGCCAAAUAUCUUAUGGAAAUAUCUCUUGUCGAUCAUAACUUUUUACCUUAUCCUCCCUCCAUGAUUGCUGCUGCUGCUUUAUGUUUUUCUCGGAAAAUGCUUCAUCGCUCUGAAUGGACCGCCAAUUUAAUUCAUUAUUCAACUUUCACCGAAAAAGAACUUGAACCGUGUAUAAGGUUGAUGCUUAAUUACUUGUCAAAACCAACUAGACACGAGCAAUUAUUUAAGAAAUACUCUAUAAAGAAAUUUAUGAAGGCUAGUGUUUUUGUUCAAGAUUGGGUAGAAAAAUAUCUUCAACGGGUGAAAUGGAAUAGAUAG